AUGGCCCAGCAGCAGGUGAGCAGCUCGCAGAAGGCGCUGAUGCUGGAGCUGAAGGGGCUGCAGGAGGAGCCCGUCGAGGGCUUCCGCAUCACCCUGGUGGACGAGUCCGACCUCUUCAACUGGGAGGUGGCCAUCUUCGGGCCGCCCAACACGCUCUACGAGGGCGGGUACUUCAAGGCUCAUAUUAAAUUUCCUAUGGACUACCCAUAUUCACCACCUACCUUCAGGUUCCUGACCAAAAUGUGGCAUCCCAACAUUUAUGAGAAUGGAGAUGUAUGUAUUUCAAUCCUUCACCCACCCGUAGAUGACCCUCAGAGUGGAGAGCUGCCAUCUGAAAGGUGGAACCCAACCCAGAAUGUCAGGACGAUCCUAUUGAGCGUAAUCUCCUUGCUUAAUGAACCCAACACCUUUUCUCCGGCGAAUGUGGACGCUUCGGUCAUGUUCAGGAAAUGGAGAGACAGCAAAGGGAAAGACAAAGAGUACGCCGAGAUCAUUCGGAAACAAGUCCAGGCAACCAAGGCAGAAGCAGAAAAGGACGGCGUGAAGGUUCCCACCACGCUGGCGGAGUAUUGCAUCAAAACUAAAGUGCCUUCCAGUGACAACAGCUCAGAUUUGCUUUAUGACGACUUGUAUGACGACGACAUUGACGACGAAGACGAGGAGGAAGAGGAGGACGCCGAUUGUUAUGACGAUGAUGAUUCCGGCAACGAGGAAUCGUGACCUGCUCCCUCCGGCCCCUGUACUGCCCCUCCCGUUUGGCCAGAGGGGAGCAGCAGUAACCGAGUGACAGUUCAGCAAAAAAAAUAUA